GUGAGCUAACUUGUUUUGAGCAGUGAGCUGACUCGACAAUAUGUCUCACGAGCCACUUCAACUAGCAACUUAUGAGCCGAGCGAUUAAUAUGUAAUUGUUGACAUACUGGUUGAAGUUUUAAUAAAAUUAUUAUUAUCUAUUAAUAAUCGUGAAUAUCCGAAACUCCAUUGGGUAUGAACGUUGUUUUGAUAUUCUACCCAAUUCUUAUAUGUAUAUGAGUAUCAGUAAAACCCGAAGUAUUUCGGGUAAGGUAUAUGAAUAUAACUAUCUGACCUAGAUUCUGACCCAACCCGUUAUCAUCCCAAACUAAUUGACGAACCGAACUCAAGUAAAACUCACGAGCUCUCAUUAAUGAACCAAACUCGAGUAAAUUUUUUAGUAAACAAACCAAUUUCAAACUCAACUCGCUCAAAUUCGAUUAUAAACUCGACUCAUUUGCGGCGUUAUUGAAUGCCACGCGGGUCGUUUGAUCACCUUAUAUACCCACCCAGUAGUUCUUCCUCCCCGUCUCUCUUAAUAAAUAAAAAAAUAACUCUUGCCUUUUUUCUCUCCGGCUGCUGCGCUGUGAGCUUGACUUGAUUACUACUACAGUACUACUGGAGCCGUGGUCGGCGGGAACCACACGAUCGGCUGCCGGCGCUCGUAGCACGAGAUAAUCCUUCUUCCGCCCCGUCCGACGACAUUCUCAGAUAUUCCCGAGAAUUUCAUACCAACUGAUUCCCUCCUCCUCGAUCUUACUCCUUUCUGUUUGGUUUAUCAGAAUUUUUUUUUUGUUAGCAAAAAAGCUCGACAGUACGAACAGAUAGUUAACUGGCCGGCGGCGGUAAAUCUCCUCCGUCACUUGAUCUGCUGGGCUCCACCUCCCCCAUCGUCGUUCUCCUCCUCGUUGUCGAUUAGGUCUUUACAUUUUAGCCGCCUGUUUGUUUUCUAGUGUGAAAACGAAAAAGGGAUGGUUUAGAUUUUUCCCGUUCCCCCCUUCCCUGCUCUUCUCCCCAAACCUUUGAACCGUCGUUGUUAGUAGGGCUUCGUCGGAGAUACUAUUGUUUUCCAUUUUCUAAUGGUGGAUUUUUCUCCUUUUCAAUUCGCUUAAUUUUUUUUAGUUGUUUAAAUAAUGUCGGAGCCGGCGAAUGUGAGGCUUGUACGCUGCCCCAAGUGCGAGAACCUUCUGCCGGAGCUUGCUAACUACGCCGUCUACCGCUGCGGCGGCUGCGGAGCUGUUCUUCGAGCAAAAAAUGAAGAGCAAUUGGGAGAAGCUAUAUCAGACAAGUCAACUGAAGAAAGGGUUUCUGGAACCGGAAGUAGCAAUAGCUUGCAACACUCUGCAGAGAAGCAACCUGAGGAGGCGAGCCAAGAUGUCUCUGAAAUGGAUGUCAAGUCGAAUCUAGACUCAUGGAAAUGUGAAGAGAAGGAACCCGAGAAGACUGGCAUUGCCUCGGAUGAUGGAUGCGUGGAUGAGUCUAAAUCCGCAACUGGCAAAGUUGCUGUUGAGAAUGGUCUCCAUAUGAACUCUGACAAUGAUGGGUUGGUCGAUCGAGGGCUUGAUUUUACUUCUCAAAUUGGAAGUGCUAGUGUUGCUGGGAAAUCUGGAAGGAUGUCGGCUUGGCGAUCUGGGGAGAGAGAUGAAGCUGCAGGGGUUCGGAGGCCUAUGAAAACUGGGGUUGAAGGUGUGCGGUUUUCUUCCUCAAAACAGUCAGGUGAGGGUCCAUCUAAUUGCACCAUGCCGGCUUCUUAUAGUUGCGGGGAAUCGUUGAGGAACCGUGAUGACAAAGGUGAAGCAAAUAGAGUUCAAUACCUUGAGAAAGAUCGGGCAGAGCUUCUGAGGAAGCUGGAUGAUCUGAAGGAACAACUUAUUAGUUCUUGCCAAGUUGUUGACAAACCAAAAGAAAAGGUUCUUCGUAGUGGGGCAAUGAUCCCUCCAGAUGCUUAUGGUUCUUCAGAUGCUUGGUUUCCAGGUGGUUGCUCAGCUGCUGAUAAGUUUCCAAUGGGAUUUCCAGCAUCAGAUAAACAAGCUACCAGGCCUUCCUAUGUCAACCAUCAUCAUCCUGAACCUUUUCCGUACAGCAGAGGCCGUGACAUGAACAUGCACAACUUUUUUCCUUCGGUUAACAACUCCAGUCAUCUUCCUGGUAUUGACUAUCCAUAUGGCUCCCACGUUAUGAAGAGGCCUCUGCAGCAGCAGUUACCAGGUCAUUAUGCUCGACAACCUCAUCAUUACUUUUCUGGUCAUUACUUGGAUAGUAAUCCCGAUCCAUUUGAGCCUUACCAACCUCAUACACGUUUUGAGCACCCUCCCUGCUCUUGUUUCCACUGCUAUGAAAAACAUCACGGAGUACCACCUCUUGCGCCACCAGAUAAAUCAUACCAUGGGAUGCCAAAGGAUUCCAUGUUCUACCACCAUGAAAAUCCUGGGCAGUUUGGCCAAAAUAGUCAUAAUUCCAGGGCUAAUGUUGCUUCAUUCAACUCUCAUGGUCUCCAUUCCCGUAUGAGGUUGCCAAGUGAGUUCAAUGCUGAAGUGGGUGGAUUUCUCCACAGUUGCCCCCGUAAGGUGGUAUUAUCUGGUGGUGGUCGAUGUUCUCGUCCUGUAGCCGGUGCUGCACCAUUUUUCACUUGUUCCAAUUGCUCUGAGUUGUUGCAACUUCCCAAGAAAAUACUGGCUAUGACAAAAAAGCAACGGAAGAUUCGGUGUGGUUCCUGUUCAGCAGUAAUUGAUUUGGCUUUUGUGAACCAGAAACUUGUUCUUUCAGCUAGGACCAAUUUGAAACAAGCAUCUCCACAAGCUGAUGAUAGCUCAACCGAGUUCGUGAAACACAAUGCUUCAUAUUCUCACCACCAGAUGAACCGAAUGAAUCUUGAUUUCUCUUCUGAUGAUGGCGACACUUCUGGUUUUGACUUCCAGACAAUUGACACUGAUCCUACUGCAUCAUCCAUGGGCCAGGAGUUGAAUUCAAGCCGGCCUCAAGAGAUGCAGAGCCUCCCUUCCUCGUCUCCAAGCUCCACGGAGUGUGAAAAUAGCCCUGAUGCUUCAAGUGGUCCAAGGGAGGCUGCCAACCUUGUUUACCUGCCAAUUAAGCCUACUCCUGCUACAUCACUUACCAGUUCGCCACAUCAUCAACAUUUUGAUCACUCUUAUAAUAACCAUUUAGUUAACCGAUUAGGGAAGGGAAAUCGAAGUAGUCGCUCAGAUCAAGAAAAGGCUGUUACAAACAAGGCUACUACACGUCAGAAUUCUAUGAAAGAGGCAUCUUUGGCUACUGAGAUGGAUGUUUCAUUCAAUGAGUAUAGCAAUGCUGAGAUUUUCCAUGAUCCUGGCGAUGCUGGUAGAGAAGAUAUUCAGUCGAAAACCAGCAAGGCGAGAGAAUCAUUUUUCACAAACAUUAUAAAGAAGAGCUUUAAGGAUUUUACUAGAUCUAAUCAUGCAGAUGAUCAUGGGAAAAACAAUGUCUUCGUAAAUGGGCAUCCCAUACAGGAUCGAGUGCUUAAAAAGGCAGAGAAGGUUGCAGGGCCAAUUCAUCCUGGACAGUACUGGUAUGACUAUAGAGCCGGCUUUUGGGGUGUCAUGGGAGGGCCUUGCCUUGGUAUCAUACCACCGUUUAUUGAAGAACUGAAUCAUCCCCUCCCUGCGAAUUGUGCUUGCGGGGAUACUGGGGUCUAUGUGAAUGGAAGAGAACUUCAUCAGCAGGAUCUGAAUUUGCUCUCCACGAGAGGACUUCCAACUGAGAGAGACAGAUCAUACAUAAUUGAGAUCACCGGGAGGGUCCUGGAUGAGGAUACCGGGGAAGAACUAGACAGCCUAGGCAGACUUGCUCCCACGGUCGAAAAAAUGAAGCAUGGAUUUGGAAUGAAGGCUCCUAAAGCUGUUGCAUGACGAGGACUGGGUGCACUUUAUGCUGAUCUUCUGACCCCGGGGAAAUCUCCACCGCCAUUGAUUCUGUUAAGUAGGAAUUUCAAAUUUGUCGGAGGGACUGCCAGCCUCAUCUUUGAUUCCCUCUCAUUUGCAUUGGUGUGUUUCUUCCUUCUAUUCUUUCUGCAAGUUUCUGUCUUGUGUUUUCCCUUUGGUUCCUCCUAUCUAUAUUAUGUAGCUCAGUCCGGGAUCUAAAUUAAUGCAAUUAAAUUAUUGAGAUAGUAGCAUCCUUUGUCCGGGAGCAGAUUUGGUGCAUAACUCAAAUAUGGUAAUCCUGCAUAAUCGACAUCAGCGAGGGGAUUCAAAAAUUUCCUGCCCAAAAACUCAGUCCCAGACUUCUCCACCCAACAUUGAAACUUCUUCGCUCUCUUCUCCUUGAGAUUCCGAAACUUUUCUAUCCACUUCAUUUCCAGGAUUUGACAUCAUUCAACUACUCAAUAGCAGGACUGCAAAUGAGCCAAGUUGCUCACAAGCAGCUCGACGUUCUGUUCUGGUGGAUCUUCUGGGACUGGGUAUCUUGAUGAAGUUGGGACUUCAUCCAAACAUUGCCAAUGAUACCGGAUUCCAUAAUCUGGGCCGCAUUCCUUGGCUCGUGCAGAACCCAGGGGAACAUAGAGUAUGCAGAAACUGCGGCGAGGCAGCUUUAUGAAUUAGAGCCUCGUAAUUCGGCUAACUAUUUUGCGAUGAUGAACUCGUAUGAUCAUGUUCUCCCAUCCCAUGAUCAUGUUUGCUCAAGUUAGUAAUCUUUAACCAUUGAUUCUGUGCAUGAGGUGAGCAGAGUCAGAUUAUACAGUGCACAAAGUGCACAGGCAAAAGAAUGAAGACAGCCAAAUAGAUAUAUUACAUAUUUCCAUUUACGUUUCUCCACUGUAUUCGUCUGUCUCUGCGUCUGGUAGCAGCAAGAAUAGAGGUAAACCAUAUUUUACAGGUAUGAUGAUGAAGACCACAAUUUACAUUCCAGGAGCACAGCAAAAGCCAACCAAAACCAAAACCAGCAGAAACAAGGAGGGAAAAGAGCACAUCAAAACCGCCUACACAAGACGGCUUGGGAAAGACUAUGGAAAGACCAACGACGACUGCAGUCACUACAUAUACCUGCCUACUGGUAUUCAUACAUCCAUGAAUGCUUCCUAGUCCCUCCACUUCACUUCCAAGUAUCAGACUUUUUUAAUGGUAGUACUCCCCUUGUUCUCCCUAAACCGCCACAGCCGGGUCUGCGAAUCAACAGUUGGCUCAGUCAAGUCCAGGUCGGGACACAGCCAUCCUCUCGGAGAUCUCGGCCAAAGAUCUGAGAUUGCACUUGAUAAGAGCCCUCACGAAAUAGCAUGUAUCCUCCUUGGUGUUCCCCUGAGGCACAUCCACCACGAAAGACUCGACGACUAAUGUCCCUGGCCUUCCAUCGAUAACCUCGGGAUGGACCGUUAUGACAGAGGAGUAAUUCUGCAAUGUUUUAACACCACGAGCAGACAGAAGCAUGGGCAAAAUGAGAAAAAAAGGAAAGAUCAGAAAGGGAAAGAAGCAGCAGCUGAUGCAAAAUAGCUUAUAUUACUAGACCUCCCAAAGAAGAAGACAGAGUUGUACCAAGAAAACUAGCCGUGACACAACUGAAACAAAGCAAACAUUCCCAACCCAGAAAUGUCAGACAAACAUCUGUCAGUAUGAACCCUAAAACAGGCUAGAUCCAAAUAUAUCAACUAACAACUCCCCAGAAAGAAACAGAUUCACCAUGA